AUGGAAGCACCAGAUUCUGUGCCACCAAUUCAUCGCACUGUAUCAGAUUCUGUACUACUCAGCACUCAUGAACCACCUAAAAUGCUAGAAACGGGGUCUACCAUAUCCGAAUUGCCUCUCGACAUUGACAUGAACAAGCUAGAGAGGGGUGAAUUAUCUUUCGAUAAUUGGACAAUUGAUGAGAACAGUCCUUUAUCUCUCCAGCCAAUGGCAUCCAAUUAUAAUUCCAUUGCAUUAGAUGACACAAGAUCGGCUCCUGCCGCUCAUCCACAGGCACAACGAUCGAUUUCAGCUCCCGUGGAGAUGCCUGGUCAAUCUUUUUUGGAGCCUUCGAGAACCAACAAUGGCAUUCAAAACUCGGGACAGGGUGCAAACAAUGGAACAUCUAUGUCUUUUCUCACCACAUGGCUUUGGAGACUGUAUUACAGCAACAGAGCGGUUUUCUAUGGUGUCAUUGGUUUCAUAAUCAUUGCCACAACCCUUUACACCGCUUUUACGGGGGAGGGGUCCAAGUACUAUGUUGUGAUUUUGAGAGCGUCAACAUGUUACGUGCUGGGCACCGAUAGAGCUCAAUCUGUUUUCGGCAAAACUUUCUGUGAUUUCGGAGAGCAUCGAAAUUAG